CGCAUGGCCUCCUCAAGCCACACUCUCUCCUCUGCUCCUUCUCUCUCUACCAUCGAGAGAAAAAAUGGCUCUCUCCUCCAUGACCUUUGCUCCUCUAGCACUUCUUCUACUCCUCCUUGGGAGCACCUCGGCGAAUCUCUCUCCUAACUUCUAUGCGUCGUCAUGCCCCAAACUCUUUCCCACCGUGAAACAUGUGGUGCAGUCUGCGAUCGCGAAGGAGAAGCGCAUGGGCGCCUCUCUGCUUCGCCUCCUCUUCCAUGACUGCUUUGUCCAAGGCUGCGAUGCGUCGUUGCUGUUGGAUGACACAUCCAGUUUCAGGGGGGAGAAGACUGCAGCACCCAACAACAACUCCGUGAGGGGAUUCGAUGUCAUAGACAAGAUAAAGGCCGCGGUUGAGGAGGUGUGCCCGGGUGUCGUGUCGUGUGCCGACAUCGUGGUCAUCACAUCCAGAGAUUCGGUGGUCAUUCUUGGAGGGCCAUACUGGGAGGUGACGUUGGGGAGGAGGGAUUCAAAGACAGCCAGCUUCUCCCUAGCUAACAACAACAUUCCUCCUCCUACCUCGAGCCUUAGCAAUCUCAUCUCUAAAUUUGCAGCUGUGGGUCUCUCUAAAAAGGACAUGGUAGCCCUCUCUGGUGCCCACACCAUUGGCAAAGCACGGUGCAUCAACUUUAGAAGCCGCAUAUACAACGAAACCGACAUCAAUGGUUCCUUCGCCAAGAAGAGGCAGAAAAAAUGCCCGAGAACCGCCGGCUCAGGGGACAACAACUUGGCACCCCUGGAUGUCCAGACUCAAAAUUACUUCGACAACGAUUACUACGAGAAUCUCAUCAACGAGAAGGGCCUCCUCCACUCCGACCAAGUGCUGUUCAAUGGCGGAUCCACUGACUCCCAAGUUAAGACUUAUACCACAAGCCCUGGCACGUUCUACCGUGACUUUGUCACUGGCAUGAUCAACAUGGCAGCCAUUAACCCCCUCACGGGCUCAAAGGGUGAGAUUAGGAAGAAUUGCAGGAAGAUCAAUUAAGGGGACAGCGGCACCUCGAGGCUUGGUUGUACCACCUUUCUUAGAAAACGAUCACAAGAAAGGUGUUAAAGUUACGAGAUUACUGCUUUAUGUCUUUGUGUUUACUUUCGCCUGUCGUGUACCAAGAGCUUCACUUUUUUGUUCAGAUGUGUAUUAAGAACAUUGAUUAUUGAAGCAUAUGAUAUUUAUUAUUGAGUUACCAAGAUUAAUCA